UAUUUGUAACUAUGAUCAAUGGCACCAUCUACACUUAACCAACAUAGGUCGGUUGCAGCCCUACAUCACGUCCCUACAAAGUUUCCUUUCGUGUUAUUUGAUGACGUUGAGAGCGAUGACUUACCAAAAUUUAAGAGUAUCGUAGCCAGAAUCGUUGUUAAGUUCCCUAGACGUCAUGACAGCCAACAUUUUAUUCUACAAGACAUCACUGGGUCAAAAAUAGAAGCAAUUUCAUACCGCGAUAAUGUCCAAAGAUUUGACACCUUACUCCAACAAGGAUCUACAUAUACAUUAUAUGGAGUGGCGUUCUAUGUAAGCUGGGGGCCGUAUCUAUUUCGGAAUUUUGGACAUAGGCUAGAAUUGACCUUGGCAUCUCGGACUGUUGUGGAACCAUUCCACUUGCCAAUUCAGUUCCCGCCUUAUCCAAAACAUCUUAUGUCAUUUCAUGAGGUCCUCCAACAACCUCAUAAGAGGUUUAUAGAUGUAAUAGGAAUUGUCAUUCAUUUGGCGCCGUUAGAGCACAUCGGUGGAAGGCCGUACAGAGAGGCCAUACUAAUGGAUUCCAGGUGGGAUAUAAUCGUCGUGGGUAUAUGGCCUGAACUGUUGCAAAGAAAUGCUCUACGGUGGGUGUUAGCUAGAGAAAACAAGAGCAUAAUUAUCGGAACUAUGCUGCGUCGUAACAAGCUACACAGAUGCUUGCAAACCUCGGACCAUAGCACUGUUGAAUUCGAUCCAGAUCAUCACACCACACAACGGUUGCAGACAAUUCGGCGCUCCAUGAUCCAAAAUCCGAGGAGUGCUUUAAUCAACAAUUAUCUAGAGAGGAGACGCGCUUAUCUGGCAACAGUGGUUCCGGAUGUGUAGUGUGAUAGCUUGUUAUCAACUAAAGAUGGUCACAAUUAUUUGUAUUUCGCCGUUUAUGUAUUAAAAACUGGCUCUUUGUUGUGUUGAA